AUGAAAUUCAUCUCAGGAGCAAGGGACCAGAGGGGGAAGAGAAAUAACAAUCCCCUCUUCUCUUCCUUCGGGCUGGGAAUGAGAGAACAGCUGGCCUACGGAGCGAUUGAACUGGCAGCCCACAGAGGAGAGAAGGGAAAGAAAAUGGUGGAGGAGGUGAAGGGGGUGUGCAGGCAGGGGAUAAGGUUACUCACUGCAUCCUACUGAGCGGUAAGAGGGAGCAAAAGUCCAAAGGGAAGUCCAUUAGAUCGUGACAGACAGACAGACAUCCACGUCUGCGUCCUCCGUUCCCGAACCAGGGGGACACACCAGACGCAACAUGGUCAACAGCUUGGAAGGCAGUUAGGACGGAGAGAGACGGCAGUAGUGUCCCUGGAUCACUGGGGCUCCUCUCUUAUGUUCUUCUCUUUCAAGAACAACAGAAUUGGGGGGGGGGGGGGGGGGGGGGGGGGGGGGCAGGAAAUGGGCUUGAUUACCUGACAAGGGAGCUGAAGGGAGCUCUCUUUCUUUCUCUGUCUAUUUCCUUCUCUCUCCCUUGCUUCCAGGUUGUAAGUGGACCUCCAGUGAAGUGCAGAAGAACAGCUCAGAGACUCCCCACUCUAAACCUCCACACUCACAUUAAAUAUAGAUGGAGAGAGGAUCCACCCUGAGCUCUGAUCUGGUGUGGUCUUCCUCCUCCUCCUCUCCUCUCCACCCCCCCCCCCCCCCCCCACCUCACUCAGUCCCAGAAGAGUUUAACUCUAUUGAAACUCAUCAGAAACCUCUGUGGCCACAAGUAAGCUUUCACAGAGAGGUGUCACUGAUUGGUCCUGCCACUCCAGAGCCAGUGUACAGGCGUAGAUACCCUUGCUUCAUCAGAUACAACUACGGACGCUGUUGACGCCCCUGCCGACCCAACGCCUCACUCUCUAAAGGUGCUCGCAGGUCCAGAAGGAGCAGACAGACAGAUGGAGGAGAAAGGAAUAAGAAAAUGCCCAAAAAGCAUUUGAGAACAAGAUGAGAGUGAGACGCCGCGGACACUUCCCAGGUGAGUGUGUAAAAUCCAGGAAGGAAGUAUUAGCCGUUAGCCAGUUCAGUCGGGUAAACGUUGGCUUCUGGUGCUGCGUGAUGGUGAGUGUGUAAAAUCCAGGAAGGAAGUAUUAGCCGUUAGCCAGUUCAGUCGGGUAAACGUUGGCUUCUGGUGCUGCGUGAUGGUGAGUGUGUAGAAUCCAGGAAGGAAGUCAUAGCCGUUAGCCAGUUCAGUCGGGUAAACGUUGGCUUCUGGUGCUGCGUGUGUGUGUGUGUAUGCGUGUGUUCUCCUCCGCGGGUGUUUUCAGACACUGCAGCUCACUGGUCUCCCACACAUACUGCCGCCACCGCCACAGAAUGGAAUAACAACAGCCUGCGCCCAUCAGAGGGAGGAAAAGGAUCAGGAUCCUGGUCUGUGUGAACGCCUGUUGAUUCAGUCUUCUCCUCUUCCUCGGCUUCUCACACUGAAGUAGUAGAAGCAUCCUCCUCUUCCUCCUCCUCCUCUUCCUCCUCCUCUUCCUCCUCCUCCAUCCAGAGCCGGAGCCAGCAUAUAGCAGAGCCAGUGUCACAGGUGUCAAAUGAGGUAAGAGCCAUUGUCACAGCUUGUGCUCCUACUCCGUGGGGACCGGCACCAUGGCAACAGCUUUCACAUCAAAUAGAGCUGCAACCCCACCAACCAAGCUCCUCCCUCCCUACCUCCCUCCCUCCCUGCCUCCCUGUCUCCCUCCCUCCCUCCCUCCCUGCCUCCCUCCCUGCCUCCCUGCCUGCCUCCCUGCCUGCCUGCCUCCCUGCCUCCCUGCCUCCCUGCUCCUACUACUCCAAAGAUAUUCUCCAGAGAGAGAGUAAUAAUAUGACUCCUCGUCCACAUGUCACUGUGGCGUCUGUAUCCACAUGUCACUGUGGCGUCUGUAUCCACAUGUCACUGUGGCGUCUGUAUCCACAUGUCACUGUGGCGUCUGUAUCCACAUGUCACUGUGGCGUCUGUAUCCACAUGUCACUGUGGCGUCUGUAUCCACAUAUUAUCCACAUAUAGGCACCUACAGUCAGGUCCUGGAGAUCAGAUCAGCCUCACUCACUCAUUCACCCACUCAUUCACCCACUCAUUCACCCACUCAUUCACCCACUCAUUCACCCACUCACUCACCCACUCACUCACCACACAGUAAAUGAGAUAUCCAAACACCACCUGCCCAUCUAUGCCAAGUACCUAAUACAUGUGAAUGACACACACUCAUACAAGCCAUGACACUUUCCUGUAUCUGCUUGAUCAGUUACAUAUCGUACUCAGGCAGACAGCACGGCUGUCAAAACUCUGCCUCUCUCUGCCUCCUCAGUCCAAUGUGACCUUAUACAUGUUGGAGCAGUUCAAUAAUGCAUUGCCAAUUAAAUAAGUACCCGGGGCAUGUAUAUUUGAUGAGAGUGGUGCUGUGGACCCCUGAGUGUGUCCCACAGAGUUAAAAGUAUUUCUCUCAGCUCAGCUCUCCCCUGGAAGCACUGACAGAGACACAGUGCCUUUCGGAAAGUAUUCAGACGCCUUGACUUUUUCCACAUUUUGUGAUGUUACAGACUUACUAUAAAAUGGAUUAAAUAACUAAACAUGCUCAUCAAUCUACACACAAUACCCCAUAAUGACAAGGUGAAAACAGGUUUUUAGAAAUGUGUGCAAAUGUAGAAAAAAGAAAUACCUUAUUUACAUAAGUGUUCAGACUCUAUUGCUAUGAGACUAAAAAUUGAGCCCAGGUUCAUCCUGUUUCCAUUGAUCAUCCUUGAGAUGUUUCUACAACUUGAUUGGAGUCCACCUGUGGUAAAUUCAAUUGAUUGGACAUGAUUUGGAAAGGCACACACCUGUCUAUAUAAAGGUUCCAUAGUUGACAGUGUAUCUGGGGAAGGGUACCAAAAAACAUUCUGCAGCAUUGAAGGUCCCGAAGAACACAGUGGCCUCCAUCAUCCUUAAAUGGAAGAAGUUUGGAACCACCAAGACUCUUCCUAGAGCUGGCUGCCCGGCCAAACUGAGCAAUCGGGGAGAAGGGCCUUGGUCAGGGAGGUGACCAAUAACCCGAUGGUCACUCUGACAGUUCCAGAGUUCCUCUGUGGAGAUGGGAGAACCUUCCAGAAGGACAACCAUCUCUGCCGCACUCCACCAAUCAGGCCUUUAUGGUAGAGUGGACAGACAGAAGCCACUCCUCAGUAAAAGGCACAUGACAGCCCACUUGGAGUUUGCCAGAAGGCACCUAAUUGACUCUCAGACCAUGAGAAACAAGAUUCUCUGGUCUGAUGAAACCAAGAUUGAACUCUUUAGCCUGAAUGCCAAGCGUCACAUCUGGAGGAAACCUGGCACCAUCCCUACAGUGAAGCAUGGUGGUGGCAGCAUCAUGCUGUGGGGAUGUUUUUCAGCGGCAGGGACUGGGAGACUGGUCAGGAUUGAGGGAAAGAUGAACGGAGCAAAGUACAGAGAGAUCCUUGAUGAAAACCUGCUCCAAAGCACUCAGGACCUCAGACUGGGGCGAAGGUUCACCUUCCAACAGGACAAUGACCCUAAGCACACAGCCAAGACAACGCAGGAGUGGCUUCGGAACAAGUCUCUGAAUGUCCUUGAGUGGCCCAGCCAGAGCACGUACUUGAACCCGAUCGAACAUCUCUGGAGAGACCUGAAAAUAGCUGUGCAGCGACGCUCCCCAUCCAACCUGACACAACUUGAGAGGAUCUGCAGAGAAGAAUGGGAGAAACUCCCCAAAUACAGGUGUGCUGAGCUUGUAGCGUCAUACCCAAGAAGACUCAAGGCUGUAAUCGCUGCCAAAGGUGCUUCAACAAAGUACUGAGUAAAGGGUCUGAAUACUUAUGUAAAUAUGAUAUUUCCGUUUGUAAUUUUUCAUAAAUGUGCUAAAAUUUCAACAACAAAAAAAUUCGCGUUGUCAUUAUGGGGUAUUGUGUGUAGAUUGAUGAGGGGGAAAAAAAUAAUUUAAUCAAUUUUAGAAUAAGGGUGUAUGGUAACAAAAUGUGGAAAAAGUCAAGGGGUCUGAAUACUUUUCCAAACUACAGUAACCUCCAUACUCAAAUUAACAUUCCAUGAUAAUAUCACUUGAGUUUUAGAACUAGCGUGUUUUUGAGCUGAUCCAUGUUGCAGAUACACAACAAUAAUAAGGAAGCUGCCCAAAUGACGUUUAAAAUGAAUGACUAGCGUAGUCACGGUGUAAGUACCCCAGGUAAACUGUAUAACUACAUUGUAUCUGCGCAACCAAGACGGUGCCAACAUGAAUAAAUGAACAUGUUUUCACUGUAACCCAUAGCUUUAGGAUACCUUUUAGACAGACUCCAAGGCAAUCCCAACAAGAGACAUCUGUACUCCGGUCCGGUACAGUGCACCUGUAGGUUGACCAUUGACCCUUCCACUCUCCUGUUGCAUGUAACCCAGCCACACCACUGCAGCCUGUCUGGUGAAUGGUCUUCUCUAAAGCUUACAGACUAAUGCGUUCUUAAUGGUCCACUUUACCCCGGCAACUGUACAUCACUGAAGAGUCCUUUUGACACACCCUACCGGCCGUUAUCACAGUUCAAAAGUCCAGUGACGGGAGGGGAGGGGAGGAUGGUCUGAGCUUGGGGCUGGGCUAGUCAUUAAGGGGAGGGGAGGAUGGUCUGAGCUUGGGGCUGGGCUAGUCAUUAAGGGGAAGGGAGGAUGGUCUGAGCUUGGGGCUGGGCUAGUCAUUAAGGGGAAGGGAGGAUGGUCUGAGCUUGGGGCUGGGCUAGUCAUUAAGGUGAGGAUGGUCUGAGCUUGGGGCUGGGCUAGUCAUUAAGGGGAGGGGAGGAUGGUCUGAGCUUGGAGCUGGGCUAGUCAUUAAGGGGAGGAUGGUCUGAGCUUGGGGCUGGGCUAGUCAUUAAGGGGAGGGGAGGAUGGUCUGAGCUUGGGGCUGGGCUAGUCAUUAAGGGGAGGGGAGGAUGGUCUGAGCUUGGGGCUGGGCUAGUCAUUAAGGGGAGGAUGGUCUGAGCUUCGGGCUGGGCUAGUCAUUAAGGGGAGGGGAGGAUGGUCUGAGCUUGGGGCUGGGCUAGUCAUUAAGGGGAGGAUGGUCUGAGCUUGGGGCUGGGCUAGUCAUUAAGGGGAGGAUGGUCUGAGCUUGGGGCUGGCUAGUCAUUAAGGGGAGGAUGGUCUGAGCUUGGGGCUGGCUAGUCAUUAAGGGGAGGAUGGGUCUGAGCUUGGGUCUGGGCUAGUCAUUAAGCGGAGGAUGGUCUGAGCUUGGUGCUGGGCUAGUCAUUACGGGGAGGGGAGGAUGGUCUGAGCUUGGGGCUGGGUUAGUCAUUAAGGGGAGGGGAGGAUGGUCUGAGCUUGGGGCUGGCUAGUCAUUAAGGGGAGGAUGGUCUGAGCUUGGGGCUGGGCUAGUCAUUAAGGGGAGGAUGGUCUGAGCUUGGGGCUGGGCUAGUCAUUAAGGGGAAGGGAGGAUGGUCUGAGCUUGGGGCUGGGCUAUUCAUUAAGGGGAGGAUGGCCUGAGCUUGGGGCUGGGCUAGUCAUUAAGGGGAGGAUGGUCUGAGCUUGGGGCUGGGCUAGUCAUUAAGGGGAGGGGAGGAUGGUCUGAGCUUGGAGCUGGGCUAGUCAUUAAGGGGAGGAUGGUCUGAGCUUGGGGCUGGGCUAGUCAUUAAGGGGAGGGGAGGAUGGUCUGAGCUUGGGGCUGGGCUAGUCAUUAAGGGGAGGGGAGGAUGGUCUGAGCUUGGGGCUGGGCUAGUCCUUAAGGGGAGGAUGGUCUGAGCUUCGGGCUGGGCUAGUCAUUAAGGGGAGGGGAGGAUGGUCUGAGCUUGGGGCUGGGCUAGUCAUUAAGGGGAGGAUGGUCUGAGCUUGGGGCUGGGCUAGUCAUUAAGGGGAGGAUGGUCUGAGCUUGGGGCUGGCUAGUCAUUAAGGGGAGGAUGGUCUGAGCUUGGGUCUGGGCUAGUCAUUAAGCGGAGGAUGGUCUGAGCUUGGUGCUGGGCUAGUCAUUACGGGGAGGGGAGGAUGGUCUGAGCUUGGGGCUGGGUUAGUCAUUAAGGGGAGGGGAGGAUGGUCUGAGCUUGGGGCUGGCUAGUCAUUAAGGGGAGGAUGGUCUGAGCUUGGGGCUGGGCUAGUCAUUAAGGGGAGGAUGGUCUGAGCUUGGGGCUGGGCUAGUCAUUAAGGGGAAGGGAGGAUGGUCUGAGCUUGGGGCUGGGCUAUUCAUUAAGGGGAGGAUGGCCUGAGCUUGGGGCUGGGCUAGUCAUUAAGGGGAGGAGAGGAUGGCCUGAGCUUGGGGCUGGGCUAGUCAUUAAGGGGAGGGGAGGAUGGUCUGAGCUUGGGGCUGGGCUAGUCAUUAAGGGGAGGAUGGUCUGAGCUUGGGGCUGGGCUAGUCAUUAAGGGGAGGAUGGUCUGAGCUUGGGGCUGGGCUAGUCAUUAAGGGGAGGAUGGUCUGAGCUUGGGGCUGGCCUAGUCAUUAAGGGAAGGAUGCCCUGAACUUGGGGCUGGGCUAGUCAUUAAGGGGAGGAUGGUCUGAGCUUGGGGCUGGGCUAGUCAUUAAGGGGAGGAUGGUCUGAGCUUGGGGCUGGGCUAGUCAUUAAGGGGAGGGGGAGGAUGGUCUGAGCUUAGGGCUGGGCUAGUCAUUAAGGGGAGGAUGGUCUGAGCUUGGGGCUGGGCUAGUCAUUAAGGGGAGGAUGGUCUGAGCUUGGGGCUGGGCUAGUCAUUAAGGGGAGGAUGGACUGAGCUUGGGGCUGGGCUAGUCAUUAAGGGGAGGGGAGGAUGGUCUGAGCUUGGGGCUGGGCUAGUCAUUAAGGGGAGGAUGGUCUGAGCUUGGGGGCUGGGCUAGUCAUUAAGGGGAAGGGAGGAUGGUCUGAGCUUGGGGCUGGGCUAUUCAUUAAGGGGAGUAUGGUCUGAGCUUGGGGCUGGGCUAGUCAUUAAGGGGAGGGGAGGAUGGUCUGAGCUUGGAGCUGGGCUAGUCAUUAAGGGGAGGAUGGUCUGAGCUUGGGGCUGGGCUAGUCAUUAAGGGGAGGGGAGGAUGGUCUGAGCUUGGGGCUGGGUUAGUCAUUAAGGGGAGGGGAGGAUGGUCUGAGCUUGGGGCUGGCUAGUCAUUAAGGGGAGGAUGGUCUGAGCUUGGGGCUGGGCUAGUCAUUAAGGGGAAGGGAGGAUGGUCUGAGCUUGGGGCUGGGCUAUUCAUUAAGGGGAGGAUGGGCUGAGCUUGGGGCUGGGCUAGUCAUUAAGGGGAGGGGGAGGAUGGUCUGAGCUUGGAGCUGGGCUAGUCAUUAAGGGGAGGAUGGUCUGAGCUUGGGGCUGGGCUAGUCAUUAAGGGGAGGGGAGGAUGGUCUGAGCUUGGGGCUGGGCUAGUCAUUAAGGGGAGGGGAGGAUGGUCUGAGCUUGGGGCUGGGCUAGUCAUUAAGGGGAGGGGAGGAUGGUCUGAGCUUGGGGCUGGGCUAGUCAUUAAGGGGAGGAUGGUCUGAGCUUGGGGCUGGGCUAGUCAUUAAGGGGAGGGGAGGAUGGUCUGAGCUUGGGGCUGGCUAGUCAUUAAGGGGAGGAUGGUCUGAGCUUGGGUCUGGGCUAGUCAUUAAGCGGAGGAUGGUCUGAGCUUGGUGCUGGGCUAGUCAUUACGGGGAGGGGAGGAUGGUCUGAGCUUGGGGCUGGGUUAGUCAUUAAGGGGAGGGGAGGAUGGUCUGAGCUUGGGGCUGGCUAGUCAUUAAGGGGAGGAUGGUCUGAGCUUGGGGCUGGGCUAGUCAUUAAGGGGAGGAUGGUCUGAGCUUGGGGCUGGGCUAGUCAUUAAGGGGAAGGGAGGAUGGUCUGAGCUUGGGGCUGGGCUAUUCAUUAAGGGGAGGAUGGCCUGAGCUUGGGGCUGGGCUAGUCAUUAAGGGGAGGAUGGUCUGAGCUUGGGGCUGGGCUAGUCAUUAAGGGGAGGGGAGGAUGGUCUGAGCUUGGAGCUGGGCUAGUCAUUAAGGGGAGGAUGGUCUGAGCUUGGGGCUGGGCUAGUCAUUAAGGGGAGGGGAGGAUGGUCUGAGCUUGGGGCUGGGCUAGUCAUUAAGGGGAGGGGAGGAUGGUCUGAGCUUGGGGGCUGGGCUAGUCCUUAAGGGGAGGAUGGUCUGAGCUUCGGGCUGGGCUAGUCAUUAAGGGGAGGGGAGGAUGGUCUGAGCUUGGGGCUGGGCUAGUCAUUAAGGGGAGGAUGGUCUGAGCUUGGGGCUGGGCUAGUCAUUAAGGGGAGGAUGGUCUGAGCUUGGGGCUGGCUAGUCAUUAAGGGGAGGAUGGUCUGAGCUUGGGUCUGGGCUAGUCAUUAAGCGGAGGAUGGUCUGAGCUUGGUGCUGGGCUAGUCAUUACGGGGAGGGGGAGGAUGGUCUGAGCUUGGGGCUGGGUUAGUCAUUAAGGGGAGGGGAGGAUGGUCUGAGCUUGGGGCUGGCUAGUCAUUAAGGGGAGGAUGGUCUGAGCUUGGGGCUGGGCUAGUCAUUAAGGGGAGGAUGGUCUGAGCUUGGGGCUGGGCUAGUCAUUAAGGGGAAGGGAGGAUGGUCUGAGCUUGGGGCUGGGCUAUUCAUUAAGGGGAGGAUGGCCUGAGCUUGGGGCUGGGCUAGUCAUUAAGGGGAGGAGAGGAUGGCCUGAGCUUGGGGCUGGGCUAGUCAUUAAGGGGAGGGGAGGAUGGUCUGAGCUUGGGGCUGGGCUAGUCAUUAAGGGGAGGAUGGUCUGAGCUUGGGGCUGGGCUAGUCAUUAAGGGGAGGAUGGUCUGAGCUUGGGGCUGGGCUAGUCAUUAAGGGGAGGAUGGUCUGAGCUUGGGGCUGGCCUAGUCAUUAAGGGGAGGAUGGCCUGAGCUUGGGGCUGGGCUAGUCAUUAAGGGGAGGAUGGUCUGAGCUUGGGGCUGGGCUAGUCAUUAAGGGGAGGAUGGUCUGAGCUUGGGGCUGGGCUAGUCAUUAAGGGGAGGGGAGGAUGGUCUGAGCUUAGGGCUGGGCUAGUCAUUAAGGGGAGGAUGGUCUGAGCUUGGGGCUGGGCUAGUCAUUAAGGGGAGGAUGGUCUGAGCUUGGGGCUGGGCUAGUCAUUAAGGGGAGGAUGGACUGAGCUUGGGGCUGGGCUAGUCAUUAAGGGGAGGGGAGGAUGGUCUGAGCUUGGGGCUGGGCUAGUCAUUAAGGGGAGGAUGGUCUGAGCUUGGGGCUGGGCUAGUCAUUAAGGGGAAGGGAGGAUGGUCUGAGCUUGGGGCUGGGCUAUUCAUUAAGGGGAGGAUGGUCUGAGCUUGGGGCUGGGCUAGUCAUUAAGGGGAGGGGAGGAUGGUCUGAGCUUGGAGCUGGGCUAGUCAUUAAGGGGAGGAUGGUCUGAGCUUGGGGCUGGGCUAGUCAUUAAGGGGAGGGUAGGAUGGUCUGAGCUUGGGGCUGGGUUAGUCAUUAAGGGGAGGGGAGGAUGGUCUGAGCUUGGGGCUGGCUAGUCAUUAAGGGGGAGGAUGGUCUGAGCUUGGGGCUGGGCUAGUCAUUAAGGGGAAGGGAGGAUGGUCUGAGCUUGGGGCUGGGCUAUUCAUUAAGGGGAGGAUGGUCUGAGCUUGGGGCUGGGCUAGUCAUUAAGGGGAGGGGAGGAUGGUCUGAGCUUGGAGCUGGGCUAGUCAUUAAGGGGAGGAUGGUCUGAGCUUGGGGCUGGGCUAGUCAUUAAGGGGAGGGGAGGAUGGUCUGAGCUUGGGGCUGGGCUAGUCAUUAAGGGGAGGGGAGGAUGGUCUGAGCUUGGGGCUGGGGCUAGUCAUUAAGGGGAGGGGAGGAUGGUCUGAGCUUGGGGCUGGGCUAGUCAUUAAGGGGAGUAUGGUCUGAGCUUCGGGCUGGGCUAGUCAUUAAGGGGAGGGGAGGAUGGUCUGAGCUUGGGGCUGGGCUAGUCAUUAAGGGGAGGAUGGUCUGAGCUUGGGGCUGGGCUAGUCAUUAAGGGGAGGAUGGUCUGAGCUUGGGGCUGGCUAGUCAUUAAGGGGAGGAUGGUCUGAGCUUGGGUCUGGGCUAGUCAUUAAGCGGAGGAUGGUCUGAGCUUGGUGCUGGGCUAGUCAUUACGGGGAGGGGAGGAUGGUCUGAGCUUGGGGCUGGGUUAGUCAUUAAGGGGAGGGGAGGAUGGUCUGAGCUUGGGGCUGGCUAUUCAUUAAGGGGAGGAUGGCCUGAGCUUGGGGCUGGGCUAGUCAUUAAGGGGAGGAUGGUCUGAGCUUGGGGCUGGGCUAGUCAUUAAGGGGAGGGGAGGAUGGUCUGAGCUUGGAGCUGGGCUAGUCAUUAAGGGGAGGAUGGUCUGAGCUUGGGGCUGGGCUAGUCAUUAAGGGGAGGGGAGGAUGGUCUGAGCUUGGGGCUGGGCUAGUCAUUAAGGGGAGGGGAGGAUGGUCUGAGCUUGGGGCUGGGCUAGUCCUUAAGGGGAGGAUGGUCUGAGCUUCGGGCUGGGCUAGUCAUUAAGGGGAGGGGAGGAUGGUCUGAGCUUGGGGCUGGGCUAGUCAUUAAGGGGAGGAUGGUCUGAGCUUGGGGCUGGGCUAGUCAUUAAGGGGAGGAUGGUCUGAGCUUGGGGCUGGCUAGUCAUUAAGGGGAGGAUGGUCUGAGCUUGGGUCUGGGCUAGUCAUUAAGCGGAGGAUGGUCUGAGCUUGGUGCUGGGCUAGUCAUUACGGGGAGGGGAGGAUGGUCUGAGCUUGGGGCUGGGUUAGUCAUUAAGGGGAGGGGAGGAUGGUCUGAGCUUGGGGCUGGCUAGUCAUUAAGGGGAGGAUGGUCUGAGCUUGGGGCUGGGCUAGUCAUUAAGGGGAGGAUGGUCUGAGCUUGGGGCUGGGCUAGUCAUUAAGGGGAAGGGAGGAUGGUCUGAGCUUGGGGCUGGGCUAUUCAUUAAGGGGAGGAUGGCCUGAGCUUGGGGCUGGGCUAGUCAUUAAGGGGAGGAGAGGAUGGCCUGAGCUUGGGGCUGGGCUAGUCAUUAAGGGGAGGGGAGGAUGGUCUGAGCUUGGGGCUGGGCUAGUCAUUAAGGGGAGGAUGGUCUGAGCUUGGGGCUGGGCUAGUCAUUAAGGGGGAGGAUGGUCUGAGCUUGGGGCUGGGCUAGUCAUUAAGGGGAGGAUGGUCUGAGCUUGGGGCUGGGCUAGUCAUUAAGGGGAGGAUGUUCUGAGCUUGGGGCUGGCCUAGUCAUUAAGGGGAGGAUGGCCUGAGCUUGGGGCUGGGCUAGUCAUUAAGGGGAGGAUGGUCUGAGCUUGGGGCUGGGCUAGUCAUUAAGGGGAGGAUGGUCUGAGCUUGGGGCUGGGCUAGUCAUUAAGGGGAGGGGAGGAUGGUCUGAGCUUAGGGCUGGGCUAGUCAUUAAGGGGAGGAUGGUCUGAGCUUGGGGCUGGGCUAGUCAUUAAGGGAGGAUGGUCUGAGCUUGGGGCUGGGCUAGUCAUUAAGGGGAGGAUGGUCUGAGCUUGGGGCUGGGCUAGUCAUUAAGGGGAGGAUGGACUGAGCUUGGGGCUGGGCUAGUCAUUAAGGGGAGGGGAGGAUGGUCUGAGCUUGGGGCUGGGCUAGUCAUUAAGGGGAGGAUGGUCUGAGCUUGGGGCUGGGCUAGUCAUUAAGGGGAGGGGAGGAUGGUCUGAGCUUGGGGCUGGGCUACUCAUUAAGGGGAGGAUGGUCUGAGCUUGGGGCUGGGCUAGUCAUUAAGGGAGGAUGGUCUGAGCUUGGGGCUGGGCUAGUCAUUAAGGGGAGGAUGAUCUGAGCUUGGGGCUGGGCUAGUCAUUAAGGAGAGGAUGGUCUGAGCUUGGGGCUGGGCUAGUCAUUAAGGGGAGGAUGGUCUGAGCUUGGGGCUGGGCUAGUCAUUAAGGGGAGGAUGGUCUGAGCUUGGGGCUGGGCUAGUCAUUAAGGGGAGGAUGGUCUGAGCUUGGGGCUGGGCUAGUCAUUAAGGGGAGGGGAGGAUGGUCUGAGCUUGGGGCUGGGCUAGUCAUUAAGGGGAGGAUGGUCUGAGCUUGGGGCUGGGUUAGUCAUUAAGGGGAGGAUGGUCUGAGCUUGGGGCUGGGCUAGUCAUUAAGGGGAGGGGAGGAUGGUCUGAGCUUGGGGCUGGGCUAGUCAUUAAGGGGAGGGGAGGAUGGUCUGAGCUUGGGGCUGGGCUAGUCAUUAAGGGGAGGAUGGUCUGAGCUUGGAGCUGGGCUAGUCAUUAAGGGGAGGAUGGUCUGAGCUUGGGGCUGGGCUAGUCAUUAAGGGGAGGGGAGGAUGGUCUGAGCUUGGGGCUGGGUUAGUCAUUAAGGGGAGGGGAGGAUGGUCUGAGCUUGGGGCUGGCUAGUCAUUAAGGGGAGGAUGGUCUGAGCUUGGGGCUGGGCUAGUCAUUAAGGGGAGGAUGGUCUGAGCUUGGGGCUGGGCUAGUCAUUAAGGGGAAGGGAGGAUGGUCUGAGCUUGGGGCUGGGCUAGUCAUUAAGGGGAGGAUGGUCUGAGCUUGGGGCUGGGCUAGUCAUUAAGGGGAGGAUGGUCUGAGCUUGGGGCUGGGCUAUUCAUUAAGGGGAGGAUGGCCUGAGCUUGGGGCUGGGCUAGUCAUUAAGGGGAGGAUGGUCUGAGCUUGGGGCUGGGCUAGUCAUUAAGGGGAAGGGAGGAUGGUCUGAGCUUGGGGCUGGGCUAGUCAUUAAGGGGAGGAUGGUCUGAGCUUGGGGCUGGGCUAGUCAUUAAGGGGAGGAUGGUCUGAGCUUGGGGCUGGGCUAUUCAUUAAGGGGAGGAUGGCCUGAGCUUGGGGCUGGGCUAGUCAUUAAGGGGAGGAUGGUCUGCGCUUGGGGCUGGGCUAGUCAUUAAGGGUAGGAUGGUCUGAGCUUGAGGCUGGGAUAGUCAUUAAUCCUUCAGUAUCUCUUUAUCUUUUUUCUCCCUCUCAUUCUCUCUGUUUCUCUUGCUCUGUCUCUCACACACACACACACACACACACACACACACAGACACACACACACACACACAAUGGGUUUAGGAUAGCAUUGGGUUAAUGAGUUGCCAUCCUAAUCUGUGUUAGGAACUCAACAUCUCACUAAUAGAGAUUCCCCAUAAAGUUGACAUUGAACUUCCCUCAGACUGGAAGUUAAUGAACAACACCACCAUAUCCCAUUCACCAACAUAAGAACAGUUGAAUAUGUGGUUAAUAUCAGAAAAAGGCCAUGCCAGGCAGGCUUACUAUUGUCUACCUUUACAGUUAUAUUUUACUAAUCACCUUUAGUAAUCAAACUGCCUACUAUAACGCAUUUCAAAUAUUCGUUUAGGUUUCUUUAUCAUUCUUUCCUCGUCUCCUACUAAGUACAUUUAGCAUGAAGUCUAUAAUGUCGCCUCCCUCUGUUGCUAAGUACGUUUAGCAUGAAGGCUAUACUGUCGCCUCCCUCUGUUGGUAAGUACGUUUAGCAUGGCUAUACUGUCGCCUCCCUCUGUUGCUAAGUACGUUUAGCAUGAAGUCUAUACUGUCGCCUCCCUCUGUUGCUAAGUACGUUUAGCAUGAAGGCUAUACUGUCGCCUCCCUCUGUUGCUAAGUACGUUUAGCAUGAAGGCUAUACUGUCGCCUCCCUCUGUUGCUAAGUACGUUUAGCAUGAAGGCUAUACUGUCGCCUCCCUCUGUUGCUAAGUAUGUUUAGCAUGAAGGCUAUACUGUCCUGUGUGCUGUGACACCUUCAAGAAUCCUGUCCUCCUGUCGUGUAGCCACAGCUUCUGUAAAGCCUGUCUGCAGGACUAUCGGAAAGGAAAAUAAACUUGGGAAUGUCAGUGUUUGCAGGAGAAUGAUCAUCAAGACACGAGCCUCCAUGUAACCUGGUUUUAAAGAACCUGUGUGAGGCCUUCUCACAGGAGAGAAGUCAGAGAGCGUCUGAGCUGCUCUGCAGUCUGCAUGGAGAGAAACUCAAGCUCUUCUGUCUGGAGGAUAAACAGCCUGUCUGUUUCGUGUGUCAGACUUCCGGAAAACACACAAACCACAAGUUCUGUCCCAUAGAUGAAGCUGCACAGGAUUAUAAGGAGGAACUCAAGACUGUACUGAGACCCUUAAGGGAGAAGCUGAAGAUCUUUAAUGCAGUUAAAGUAACGUGUGAUAAAACAGCAGAGCACAUUAAGAGCCACACCCAGACCACAUAA